ACACUGAACAAAUUGACAAGUGACAACGACAUUACUGCAUAAUGUUGUUAUAAGGAAUGCCAUCGCUUAUUUAUUAUAAACACAAAUAAUUUCACAAAACAGUCAAAAACUAUUAAGGUUUAUGCAUACUCACUUAAAUCGUAAGGGCGGCUGCCCGGAUUCGGAGCUAGAGGAGCUUCAAUGCGUUUAUAUUUCGUAGUAUAUUCGGAACAUGGCAGCUCUAACGAUAAUAAUGGAAAGGAGACCAAAUACGUUGUACGGGGAGUGCCGAUUUUGCUUAUUAAAAGGAUAUCACAGGGAUAUAAUGAAGGAGUACUUCACGAACGGCACUCGUGAGGUAUACAUCGACAUUUUCAUGGAAUGCUUUAAUUUAUAUUUAUCAACAAACAAACAAUUAAGUACACUCAUAUGUACAUCAUGCAUUCAAAGCUUACGGGAAGCCAAUCGGUUCCGGAUGAUGGUUGUGAACACGGAACAGCAGCUGCUUGCAAAUGUCCUCGAUAAAGAAACUGUUUUCAUCAAUGUGGGCGACCUGGAAACGGAUAUGGACAUCAAACCUGAACACGCGCAUCAGUUGGAGGUGAAGGUCGAGCCCAAUGAUUCCAUGGACUGUGAUGGUGACUUCACAUCAUUCGAUGAUAAUGAUGACUUUGAGAUAAAAGAUGAUGACAAGCGAGAAAAGGUAGACGGAGAAGCUGAACUACUGGCGAGGUUUCCGAACAGAUACAAGCUGCCAACACGAAAGACGCUUUACACCAGGCCCUGUAAGGGUUUCGCGAUACAUCUAGAUAUGUUAAGAGGUAAAAAUAUUCUUCCAAAGAUGGUUGCAAAGCUCCUGGAAGACGAAUGCGAAGACUCGCCGAGGAAGAAGGUGUACGUGACGGAGAAAAUGGCUCAAAUACAUAACACGACAACUGUGAUAGAGUUCUCUAAUGUAACGGUUUUCAAGAGUAAAAAUCGAGUCGGCUUCCCUUGCUUCUAUUGCAGAAGCUCCUUCGAGAACUUCGACUCGCUACGCGAACACCAAGCGAAGGCGCAUAAGAAAUCGGAGACGCGGAAAAUCGUAGCGCGCUACGGCACCGAAUGUUUGGUGGUGUACGCAGAUAUCUCUGACUUACAAUGCCUGAUUUGCAAUCAAAAAUUAUCAACUCUGACCGACCUCAAAGCCCAUUUGAUAAAGGUCCACGAUAAGAAAUAUCAUUCCGAAUUCACAGACCGUGUCAUACCCUUUAAGCUAUCGCACAACAAACACCCAUACGAAUGCCAAUCGUGUGGCUGUAACUUCGAAACGUUCGGUUCAAUAGAACGGCAUAUGAACGUACAUUACAGGAACUACGUAUGCAAUCAAUGCGGCACGGGUUUCGUAACGAAAUACCGUCUAAAAGUUCAUAUAAAAAGUAUGCACGUCGGCGGUAGCUUUCCGUGUGAUAUUUGCAAGAAAGUUUUCACAACCCAUCAGAAGCAUAAGAACCAUGUCGACACGGUGCACAAAAUGCUAAAAAGGUUCAAGUGUCCGAAGUGUCCGGAACGUUUUUCCGAAUAUUUCCGACGGCAGAAGCAUUUGGUCGAAACCCACGGUUCGGCUCCGUUGAGGUAUAAAUGUAACGUAUGCGAUAAGGCGUUCGAUAGACGUUACACGUUAUCGCGUCAUUUGAAGAGGGAUCAUUUAGAGGAGAGGGACUUUCAGUGUCAACUGUGCGCGUAUAAGUGUUUCACGAACAAUGAGUUACGAGUCCAUAUGAUAAAACACAAUGGCGAGAGAAUACACGAAUGUUCGGUUUGUAAAAAGUCGUAUGCGAGGAAGAAGACGCUGAGGGAACAUAUGAGGAUACACAAUAACGAUAGGAGGUUCGCAUGUGCUGUAUGCGGGCAGGCGUUCGUGCAGAAGUGUAGUUUGAAGGGACAUAUUAAAACUCAUCAUUUAGAUUAUAAUAUGCCGUGAAAUGUUAUUUAAUAAUAAAUUAUAUU